UAAAUGAGCGCUUACUGUGUUUCACAUUCAACGCCAAUGUAUUUUAUUUAUUAUGUGUUGCUUAGCUUGAUAGCUAGCGCCUUAGCGACGAUGGCCUUUGUGAUUCGACAUGAAGUUAUUAAUAUGGAUCCCACCAUAACGGUCUGGCGUUCCAAACAAAAACUUGAAACCAUCUACUUUCACAGUAUAGACCCCGGGGACUCCUACUGCUGAGUCUUUUUUCGCAGAUAUGCUCAGUGUGACUAUGAAAUGCUCGCUUUGAUUUGAGCUACUUGUUAAAUAAUUGAUUUGUGUCUGUCUGAUUGAUGUGCUAGCUCAGUUGGCUAACGUACGCACGCCAGCUAUUUACAUACCAUCUGCGUCGCGUGCCGUCUGCGCGCACUCAGAACACAAAGAACCACGCGCUGUUACACGAGAUGAAAGACAUUUCUACUGGGACAGCGUGUUCCCCAAUCAUUCACGGUUCUGAGCUUCACAAAAUGUGCCCUUUUCGCAUGCAAGAAAGUUAAUAGACUAUGCGAUGAACGAGGUGCCUUCGCAUUGAAGUGGACCCCAUCUCCCGUUCCAGCAUUAGCAUCGGUGUGAUAAACCUCUGAGCAUCGGCCCUUCACCAUGAGCCUGAUCCAGGAUAAACUUGGCAAUGAGUUCCUCCGCUCCAACGGUGGCAUGGAUCCAGGCUUUGGUCCGAGCAUGCUCAUGUUCAGCCACCUGCCCCCUGUUACUAGCUUCACCCGUCUGGCUAGUCAAACGGUUAUGGCUGACCUGCAGCCCCAUGAGAUGAUCUUGAAAAAGGAGAGGGACUCGCCGGAAUGUGGAGGAGGGCUGAGUGCUGGAGGCUUGGGUGGUGGAGGUGGCAUUGGGGGCAUGAUGGGAGGUGUGGGCGAUUAUGUUCAUACCAUGGGCAUUAAACAGGAGAAGGUUUCUGAACACGACUACAGAUUGCCCCUCUACCCGGGUGGCGGGGCCGGGGUACGGAGUGGAGGAGAGUUGCUGGAGUUGUCGCUGGGUAACAAUCAGAACCUGGUGGUACACGACCUCAGUCUGGGAAACCUGUCAGGGCGGUUGGUAAAGGAGUCCUCAGGGAGAAAAGGUCGAAGGUCAAAUGGUGAGGGCCAGGAGGGCAAGAUUCGAAGGAAACGAGGAGAGUCGAAGUCUCUGAUGCUGGAUCCAGAUGGAUGCAGCUUGUCUCCAAACACCAAACCGCACAUCUGUGAGCACUGCAGUGCAGCGUUCCGCAGUUCCUAUCAUUUACGCAGACAUGUGCUUAUACACACAGGUGAGAGGCCUUUCCGCUGCACUCAGUGUAACAUGAGUUUCAUUCAGAAAUACCUCCUACAAAGACACGAAAAGAUUCACAGUGGAGAGAAGCCAUUCAGCUGUGAUCAGUGCAACAUGCGUUUCAUUCAGAAGUAUCACAUGGAAAGACACAAGAGAACCCAUAGCGGAGAAAAGCCAUACAAGUGUGAUACCUGCCAACAGUAUUUUUCCAGAACGGACCGGUUGCUGAAGCACAAACGGACGUGUGGAGAUGCCACAAAAAAGGGUGUGGAUGGGGCGGAGCACGAGUUGGGCGAAGGGGAACAUGGCAGCUAUGGAAUCACUCAGGGAAAUGUGGCCACGCCAGGACGCAAACGAGGCAAGUCGAAAAAUGCCGGCGAAGGGAGUGAACGCAAGCGUAAGAAGUCCACUGGUACAACGCAAAAUCACGAGGCAGAGGCUUAUGGCCUUCAUGACUUCAACUCGGGCAGGAACAAUGGGGUUACAACAACAUCUUCAGCCCAGGCAGGCCACGGGGAACACGGACGGGCUCCCAAGAUGGCCUUUAAGAAGGGUAACAAAAAGUCUUUGGAGAAAAAUACUAACCCUUUAGAUCAGUCCAAGUCAGGAAGCAUGGAGCUACCUGGGGGAGGAGGGUUGGACACCCUUGGGCUUUUACCAGGGCCUGGGGCCAAAGUGGGCCCUAACAGUAGCAAUUAUGAUGAUGCCAUGCAGUUUCUGAAGAAGAGACGUUACCUCAAUAUAGCAAACAGUGGGGGUUCUGGGGCUUCAGACUACGAUGUAGGCGUCAGUCAUCUGCAGUCGCAGCCGACGGUCAUUCAGGGUGUCGUUUCUGGGGUUCUGGAUGCCGAUGCCUCACUGGUACUCUUGGACUCCUCUUCUCUUGGAGAUAUCAAACAGGAUAAGUCUGGAAUCCCCGAUGAGGUCCUGCAGAGUUUGUUGGACCAUUACGCUACCAAGCCUGACGUGCACUUCGACAUCACAGAUCCUCAUCACGUUGAGCUCCAGACAGUUGCCGCAGAUGCCCCAGACCAUCUGGGACCUGAUGACGCCCCCUCAAGUCCCAACAGCGGAGACAAAUCCACUAUGAUGCACGAGUACUCGCGUUUUCUCUUACAGGCACUAGAGCGGACCAGUCACACCAUGGGCUUCCCGCUGGGCCCAAGUUCUGGUUCUGCUGCUAAUACCACAGGACCGUUUUCUGGGCCUAGCCCUCUUCUCUCAGACAAGCAUGUGUAUACUUCUUCACCGCUGGAGUAUCCAUUCUCACAUCCCAUUUCCUCCUCACCUUCCCUCUCUGUGCCAAAGUCCCACUUUGGUCUGUUAGAAGGCUCGUCAUCUCCGCAGGGCUUCCACAUUAGCAGCCUGGAUCAGUCCGGGCACACGCAACAACAGCUUACACCUUCCCAGGAGCUCACGGAACAGAUGGACAAACAGCACACGUCCCCUCCGCCGCCUCCACAUACCCCCAAUGCCAACACCUACCAAAUCGCACCUCAGCCUCCAGACAUGGGAAGUCAAAAGGAACCUCAAGGGCCGAAAACCGGAGCGACUGCCACAACUGGAGGAUUCUCCCUGGGAUCGUCCCAGGACCUGACAACCCUGGACCCAGCCAAGGCUUCUUAUCAGAUUGAAAACUUUGCCCAGGCUUUUGGGGCGCAGUUUAAAGGGGGGCGAGUUUCUCUGGCCUUCAGCAGUGACUCAAGGGGCGAUGUAAAUCACAGCAUACAGACACAGGUCAACGAAUUCUCAGGGUAUAGCGGUCUUUUGGCUGAUGCCAGCGACGCAGUCAGCACUGGCUCCAAAACCCCAACAAGCCAAAGCUACAGGUGAAUGGGUUCACAUGCCCCUAGAUGCUCAGAUGGAGGUUCCCUAUUUUAUUUUUUGUCAUGCUGUCUUUAUUUUGUAUUAUUGUUAUUGUUAUUAUUAUUAUUAUUAUUGUUAUUAUUAUUAUUAUUAUUGUCAUUUAGUUCUGCUAUUUUAUUUGCAAGUGUUUUCUCACUGCCAUUAUGUUAAUAUGAAAUCCGAUCUCCUUUGGCCUUUUCUGAUAUUUUUCUUCUUCUCACCUUCUUUUGAAAAUGAAAUGCAGUGCGUCGGUUCAUUUUUAGUAGACUUUUAGGUCUGUUCUGUUAAUCAGUAGAGGGGAAAACGCUUUUAAAGCAUAAGUACAGUAUCAAAGGUCCUGUUCUGUUUACUUCUUUCCAGUAGACAUUCACAUUUUAGAAACUGACUUCACAAGUUUAUAAAGACAACUAUAAAAUAGCUAUCGCAGGGAGUCUCCCAGAACUGAAUUUGUCUGUUACAAUGAUUAAAGUAUUACUCAGGAAAAUAUGUAGAGUGCAAAUCUAUCAGAAAGGGUUGCACGGAUUCAUUGAAGUGGCUAAAACAAAGAAGCAUUUGUUUUUCUGGAAAUAUUUUUUUUUUAUUCUUCUGAACGAGUGCAACACGAAGUGAAAACAAAACUGCUGCCUGCUAAAUUACACUGACACCACUUUCCACUUAGCUAUAUAGAGAUUAUGGUACUUUUAUGUCGAUGUGAAAUGCUCACAUGAUCAUUCAGUGAAGGCCAUUUAAAUAUAUAUAUAAAUAUAUAUAUAUAUUUAUAAGAAUAUCUGUAUGUAAAAAAACAAAACAUAUUCUUUUUUAAUACUGGCAGGUGAAUUGGAGGGGGGAUAAAGGGAUUGAGAUGUCUGACCCAACAUAUCUUUAUUUGUCCUUUGGGUUGUGAGGCCAAGGGCUAUACACUAGAUGGCGCUGCAUGCAAGUUUGUAAGUGCCGAUUGGCACAGGUCAGAUCAAGGAUAUCUUCUGUGUCUGUGUGCUUUUCCCAUCCCUCUCUUUCUCAAUCCACUUCUUUUUUCCUCGAAUCCCGUCUAGCACUUUUUCACACCCAAUAAUUUUUAAUGGUGAAUUAAAUUACCAAGGCUGAUUGCACAGAAUGUGUACUGUGUAACUGAGAUGCUGUUUUUAUAGGGUCAAUUUGGUCAAUUGGGAGGUGGCAGAAAAGGGGUAGGAUUAAUUUAGUAAGCGUAGAAUAUAUUAAAAGCCAUUAUGUAUGUAAUUACCAUGAAAAACCUUAGUGUGCUGGAAAUAAGGGUGGGCUUUGGGGUGGGAGUGUGUGGUAUCUUUUUAUAUUUAAUUCCAAUUUUCUCAUGUAUGUAUGUAAGACUUAUAAAAGGGGAGCUCACUGGGAUGGACCGGAGUGUUUUCUUUUAUCCACUGUUUAUACUUUUUGGGUUGGAAAAAUGUGCUACGUGUUAAAAUGGCCCCUAGUGUACUGAUUGCUGUAUUUUAAAAAAGCCUUUCACCACAGAUGACUCUCGCUCUUAGGGGGUGUGCACACCAAAGCUUUUACACACAGUUGAUAACGCCGGGCGGACGCCGACUGCCAGCUUUAUUCAGCUGAGCGCUUUGGUUGCUGUGAUACUUCUGCUCUGUUUUUCAGUCAUUGUACGAUGCGCCGGAUGGUUGUUGUGAUGUUUAUCCCGCCCCUCCUCUACUGUGAUUGGACGGCCGUGUUGACAAGCAGAGCAUUUCAACCAAAGUUGAAAAAACGCUGCGCUUCCAUUGGAAACAAUUGAAAACAUCCGCCGGCGUAAAAGCUUUGAUGUGCACGGCCCCUUAGGCUUAGUUUACACUGCAGGUCUUAUUGCUCUUUUUUUUUUCGUGCUGUUGUUCACAUUAUUUAAAUGCGACUGCCAUCAGUUUUGUUUCAACCGCAUACUGCCCUAAAGUGACUGGCAUGCGCAAAAAAGACGUGACUUUAGAUGCAUCGCGCCGUGUUUGCGGAAAGAUUGAAGUUGCUUUGCAAUACAUCAGAUAUAUAUCCAAUUUACGACCACAUAUGAAGGUGGCCUGGAUCUGAUAAUAAAAAUCUAAUUUUGUGCAGUUUCAUGCGAAAAUCAGAUAUGGGCCACAUUUGGGCAAAAAAGUUGAAUUUGGGCCACUUUUGGCUGCAGUGUAAUGUAGCCUUAGCCGUAUAGGUCGUAAUGUCUGAUCAGUCCACGAGGAAUUCGGCCAACUUGUUGCUUUGUGCAUGCAUGGCAAAGUAUUACUUUGAACUACAUUUUAUUUUGUAUUGUACAAGUAUUAUUGUCAUUUAUGUUUCAAUAACCGCGUUGUCUUCCAUCAGCGCUGUUGGCGGCUGUCACACUGAUCUUGAAUUACUGUCAUCUAAUGUUCUGUUGCAUCUGUUAUUCAAUGUACCUCUCUUUAAAACCCACCAUAGAUGCUUUGAAGGACAGAACCACAUGCAAAGUGCAUCUAAUAGGGAACAAAAACUGACCACUAGGACUUUGAGCUCUCUUCAAAGUAAAAGUCGAAAUGCUGGGGUACUCCAUUCACAAUGGAUAACUGUUGAUGAGUCUGAUAACUUGAUAUGAAAUCAUGACAGCUGAUGUCUUUUAUACCUCAUAUCAAUGCUGAAAGCAGGGAUAUCAUAUGUGAACUUUAUGUAGCAUGGCUGAUGUGGUCCCAGGUCUGUUGUGAUUUACAAAUGUUCAGUCUCCACAAACUCAAGGCAAAGUUUAUUCAACAUAUACAUGCGCCGGCUGUGAAUUCACUUUUUAAAUGAAAAAUAAGGCCAAUACAAAAAAUUUUCAAUUGUAGUGCUCUGUUUAAGUGCAUAAAAGUUUUUUUUUAGGAUGUGAUCAACUGGAAAAUGUUUACUGGUGAAGGCUUAGUGAAGUGCAGAUGCCUCAGACACACUGUUUGAAUGAUAUCCUGUUUGGCUUGAAUAACCCUAGCCAUCAUUCUGUCAACGAUAGCCACAAUAAUGUCCUUUGAAUAUUUUAUUUUUGCUUCUUGCUGUAUAUUCCUGAAAGUAUUUAUUUUGUUUACAUACAGUAAAUAACACUAAAAGUUUUCCCCUUGAUUUUUGCAUGAAUUUUUUUUAUACUGUUUCCUUUUGCCCCCUUUUGUGUCACCAUGCCAAAUUUGUAGCUAAUGGUCUUUCUGUUCUCUUUCCUGUCUCUCUUAUUGCAGAUUCUUGUGAUCUGAUUCACAGGGCUAUACUUGUCUGUUUUGACUUUAUUAUUGAUUAGGAAAACCAAUAAAAGGCUGAUAUCA